CACGUGUUAAAAUAUUAUCUAAAACGUUUGAAGCACAAAAAUAUCAAUGCCAUUUUUUUUUUACUUAUAUUGAGCUUUAUUUACAUUAGAAAAAACACACCUGAGCUUUGAGUUGCUUUUGAUCUUGUUUAGUGUUCAGUAAACAAUAAAAAUGGUUGAUCAAAUUAACUCGAGUGAUUCGGGUCACAAUUUCCGAGUGGUGGGUUUAGUCGGCGACGCUCACUUCCAAAUGGGCCGAACAAUGCUCCGAGAGAUUAAGGAGAAAUACGGGGAGCACGUGAGUAUUUCGAACCAGGUGGAGGGGUUGCUGGAAUUCGACUGGCGCCAUUUUCUCCAGGGGGUCAUUUUGAACCACAAAGGAGGCAUGUGGACUUUCCAGGAAAAUGUCGUCUUUUUUCACAACUCCAGGUUAGUAGGAGGUAUCGAAGACAUUCAACAGCUGCUGAAGGAUAAGUUCAACUAUGUCAAUUGUCGUCCGGCUGAACUGUAUCAAGCGAUGGCCGACGAAGCAUACCGGACGUACUUGGCAUCCGAAUCACGUGACGUCGUCUACUUGGAUGUCAAUAUUGACAACCAGACCACGGGACGACUUCUAAUCGAACUUUACUCAGACAAAUGUCCCAAAACGAGUUACAACUUCAAAUGCCUCUGCACAGGUGAAAAAGGAAGAGAUGAAGACAGCGGCAUCAAAUUGCAUUUCCAGGGGUCCAUUUUUCACCGAGUAGUCAAAAAUGGCUGGAUCCAAGGAGGUGACAUAGACGUCGGCAAAGGAACCGGAGGACUCUCAAUUUACGGACCCAAAUUUGAAGACGAGAGUUUCGCUGUUAAGUUCGACCGACGAGGCAUAAUAGCGAUGGCCAAUCACGGUAGACAUACAAACAGAUCUCAGUUUUUCAUCACCUUACAAGCCUGUCCUUGGAUGGAGAAAAAGUAUGUCGCCUUUGGGAGGGUCCUUGAAGGUUUCGACAUCUUGAACGCCCUUGAGCAGCAAGAGAGCUUCAACGAAAGGCCAAAGAAAGAUUGCGUCAUUCAGAAUUGCGGAGUAUUCUACGAUGCUACCGAGGCCAAAAAAGCAGCUGAAGCCAAAGAGGAAGAGCGAAAACAAAUGGCAUUCCAGUUGAAAACUGCCAGACUCAAUCUGGAAUCAAAACCAGAAGACUCCAACGAGGUCACCGAAAAAGAGGGAGAGGAGAGUGAAACAAUGGCCCCAACUAGUACCGAGGAAAACAAAAGCCUGAAUGACACUUUGGAACAAGUGGCCGAAAAUGCAUCCAAUUUUAUUGUGUGAUGAAGCCGAUCCGUUGUCUAGAACUUAAUUAUCUAUCCGUUUAAAUCUUAAUUAAGCCUAGAAAUUUAU